AUGUGCCUUCAAGGUCUAGGCACUUUCGGUGCAAUGUUAUACACCGCAGAUUCAACACAAUUGUCUGUCGCUGGGCAAAAUACCAUUGCAUUUACUGAUGAUACAAUAUAUGCGCUUUCAACAGCGGCUGGCAGAGCCGGUAUAGCUAUCAUACGUAUCUCUGGCUCUGCAUGCCUCGAUAUUUAUCAAAGCUUGUGCCCAUCGAAACCGAUACCCAAACCACGAUAUGCCGCUGUCAGAACACUCUAUGAAGCACCCAACUCCACCUCAAACAUCCUCGACUCCGAUGCGUUAGUCCUUUACUUCCCCGCCCCUAAAACUGUUACUGGUGAAGAUGUAUUGGAGCUGCAUGUACAUGGAGGUCCAGCUACGGUCAAAGCAGUUCUAGGCGCAAUCCCACAAUGUACAUCUCCUGCGACAAUUCGAUAUGCCGAGCCGGGUGAAUUCACACGUCGAGCAUUUCAGAACAACAGGUUGGAUUUGGCGCAAGUGGAGGCUUUAAGUGAUACUUUAUCUGCCGAGACAGAACAACAGCGUCGCGCCGCUGUGCGAGGAAAUUCUGGGAAACUUGGACGUACAUACGAGGCAUGGCGUCAACAAUUGUUGUAUGCGCGCGGAGAAUUGGAAGCGUUGAUUGAUUUCUCGGAGGACCAACAUUUCGACGAAUCGCCCGCAGAGUUAUUAUCGAAUGUUACGGCUCAAGUUGAGGUCAUGGUGGAAUCAAUUGCCGCACAUAAAUCAGCAAGUCAUCGGGGAGAAUUGCUCAAAAAAGGAAUUAGGAUUUCUCUGUUAGGACCACCCAACGCCGGCAAAAGUUCCCUCCUAAAUCAAAUUGUCGGCAGAGAAGCUUCAAUCGUUAGCCAAGAGGCCGGAACGACUCGAGACAUUGUGGAGGUUAACUUAGAUAUUCGCGGGUACCUUUGCACGUUUGCGGAUACCGCCGGAUUAAGGACUCAAGUUCCACGACAUGGAAGUGGCGAGAAUGACUCAGUAAUUGGGCAUAUCGAACAGGAGGGUAUUCGAAGAGCGAAGGCGAAGGCGAAUGAGUCAGAUGUCGUUAUUGCCCUCGCCAGUAUAGAGUGGUCAGACAUGCGAAACGGGUGGGAAAUUCGCUACGAUCUUGAAACAUUCGAAAUCGCGGCUCGAGCCUUGAAAUUCAUGAUUGUUAUUAAUAAGUCUGAUUCGGUAACCCCUGAGAUACUGUCAGAACUUAUAAGUGACUUCAAAAAGUCUCAAGCAGGCAUAUUUAUUCAGGACGUCGUCCCAUUGACGUCAAUAUCCUGUAAACAUGCUCAAGGAUCAACAACUCAUGGAAGUAUUAGUCAAUUUGUCAACGAAAUUGUUGAUAUCUUCAGUAAUAUGACAUCUCUACCAACCGAUCUCGAGGAUUUACUUGGAGUUACCGAACGUCAGCGACAGCUUCUCACAGCCUGCUCAGCCCAUCUGCUGGAUUUUAUGAACGAAGCACAGCAGCAUGUCGAUCAUGAACGAGAAGCGGAUAUAGUUUUGGCGGCUGAGCAUCUUAGAUCCGCAGCCAAUUGCUUGUCUCGAAUUACUGGUAGGGGUGAAGCUGGCGAUGUCGAAGAAGUUCUAGGUGUGGUUUUUGAAAAGUAA